AUGCUCUUCAAAUACUCCCUGGCGGCCGCAGUCGUCCUCGCAGCCGCCUCGGCUGUCGCUGCUGAAGAAGAGACGGUAGUAGGAACCGAACUAGGAACCGUCUUCACUGUCCCAAUCGAGGUCCACAACAUCCCCGAGAACAGGAACUCGUUCGCAGCAGCAAAACACUACCUCAGGAAGCGCCAGGCUAGUUCGGAUAUCACCCUCACCAGCGUCUAUGGCGAUGUCCUCUACACGGUGCCAAUAACAUUGGGAACGCCUCCACAAAAGUUCAACCUGGCCAUCGACACUGGCAGUUUUGUCACCUGGGUCGUUUCCAGUGGCUGCAUCGCAGGUGCAUGUGCAAACAUCACCAAUCACUUCAACCCCGCCCUCUCCAGCUCCGCAGUGUUGUCGACAGUCCCGUUCGCUGCUCAGUAUGUCAGUGGAGACAAGGUUUCGGGGGUCUACAUAACAGAACAAUAUGGCAUUGGAAACCUCAACUUCAAGGGCGUAGCUGGUCUCGUCAAUGUCAAUCAGGCAUCGUUGCCUCCCACUGUCGAUGGAAUUAUGGGUCUCUGGUCCACCGCACCCGGCGACGCUCCAAUUCUGAAGGUUCUUUCGACAUCAAAGGCUCUGGGCAAGAACCAAAUCGGCGUGUGGCUCCAGGCAAACGACCCAGCCACCCAGGCCUCUAAGCGUAGCAAUGCUGCCGGUGGAGAGAUUACAUUCGGAGGUGCCAACCCUGCUCGCUACAAGGAGCCCAUCACAUAUGUCAACUGUGUCGGCGAUACCCCCUGGAUGGUUUCUGUCACUGGUAUGAACAUCAAUGGAAAGGAGAUUGCAACAGGAGGCGCCAGAGCAACUAUUGAUACAGGCACUUCCCUCAUGGUUGUCCCUGAGGCCGUUGCCGACUCUAUUCACGCCGCCAUCCCCGGAAGUUUCAAAACCACGGAGUAUGGCUGGUUUGUGCCAUGUGAUGGCAACACGCCCAUCACGAUCACCCUCGGCAACUUUGUGACAACCAUCCCCUACCGGUCGUUUGCUAUCCAGGACAACUAUGCCACGCUCAACACUGGACGCGUCAUCUGCUUGAGUUCUGCCAUGUACCCCAUGGGUGCCACCGUCCCCAUCAAGGACUGGCUGUUGGGCGCGGUGUUUUUGAAGAACGUGUACUCGAUCUAUGACUUUGACCCAUCUGUCCCUGGAGGAAGGAUCGGGUUCGCCCAGUUGGCUGUUGGAGGAAACUCUGGUACUGGACCAGUCGGAACUGUACAACCCGGGACAGGAGACUCUGGAAAUACUGGAAGCGGAAAUGGUAGUAACGGUGGAAGCGGUGGUAACAACAACAAUGGUAAUAGUGGUGUUAUUACAAGUGGUGCUGGCCAGUUGUUAUCAGUGUCGCGUGCGUUGACUGUUGCAGCUGUUGGGGUUGUUACUGCGUUUGUGUUGUAA